GGUACAACAGUUACACAACUGCUUAAACUCCAUUGAUAAUGUAGAAAGGGCUUUCACAUUGGUAUUUGAAAUAAUAUAAAUAUUGCAUAAUGUCAAGGUAAUCUUUUCACUUCUAGUGUUCAAACAAACUGUCAUUUUCUAAUUUUUUUCUAUCUUAAAUACGUCUAGCUUGCAGCAGUUGGCAUUCUGCCUCGACUGGACAGGGAAACCUCCAUGUACAACAGCUACUUCAAAACCAUCUGUGAUAGGGAGGGAGUCAACUUCCUUGACUACACGGAGGAUUUUCCUACCAACCAACGCAAGCUUUGGAGCCGUCAUGACAGCCUGCAUCUUAGCGAAGAUGCAGGUAUCCCACGGCUCCUACAGCUCCUGGAGGACAGCUGUGUCCAGCUUCUAGAAGCUGGGAAACAGCUGACUCCGGAACAAUGGGCCGCCUUGGAGUGGGACAAAGGGGGACUGGCAUAUGUCCCCCAGUUAAGUACAAGGCACGCAGGACUGUACAAGGCACAAAUCUGGACAAAAGAAGAGGGGGGUACAGCAAAUCCUGCUACCGGUAACUGCAAGCGGCACAAGAAGAGAGUGUCCAAGAAAUGCAAAGCAAAAAGAAAGUUGUACCAGCCCUCAUGGGAUGCCUUCAACUUCAAGGACUGGAGGGAGCCACAGACACCUGCUAACCCACCAUCCCAGAGCCCUGUGUGUGACCCACCAUCCCAGAGCCCUGUGUGUGACCCACCAUCCCAGAGCCCUGUGUGUGACCCACCAUCCCAGAGCCCUGUGUGUGAUCCACCAUCCCAGAGCCCUGUGUGUGACCCACCAUCCCAGAGCCCUGUGUGUGACCCACCAUCCCAGAGCCCUGUGUGUGACCCACCAUCCCAUAGCCCUGUGUGUGACCCACCAUCCCAGAGCCCUGUGUGUGACCCACCAUCCCUGAGCCCUUCUUCUAACAUUUUAAACCCACCAUCCCAUAGCCCUGCAUGUAACAACAUACCACCCCAGACCCCUCUGUCUGACAACCCAACCGUAGGGAGUUAUAUGCAUAGUAUGGUGUCCAGAAGAAUGUGUAUACCAGUGUACUGUCAUGUAGUUGUACAACACACUUAUGUAUGUGUACACUGUAAAAAUGAAAGGAAAAUUGAGUGAAACAUGUUAGCAUGCACGAACCUAAAUUGUCUAGCGUUACUGAUUAACUACACGCACUGGGUACCAAGAAGAAUUCUAUCCCUAACCAUAUCUUAACCUACACAGUAUCCAAGCUCACGGACAAUGUUAGAAUGGAUGGUCAGAUAUACACAGUGUGUAAUACAUGUAAUAUGCAUAUAUAAUUAUUAUAUUACUACAGUAACUGCAGACAACAGCAACAGUAAGUUAUUAUAGUAGUAGUACCUGUUAUCCAGUCUUUAGAUGUAAAGACCAAUAUACCCGGUAUAAUGAUUUUUGAUUCCUAUCAAGUUAUUAAUAAACUCCUUUAAAGUAUAAGAAAGACUGUGUCUGUCAUCAUUCACAUACUAUUAUGAUAAUAAGAACCUACAUGUAAGUUCACUAAUAUCACAUUAGCCUUCCUGAUAGUGACCUUGGUUCUAGUAUGCUCAGAUCCAUGGUAUCAAGAAGAAGCAGAAAUUCUAUUUUCUAGCGCUGAGGGGGAGGGAGCGCAUCGCUAGGAUUGGGACAUCAUACUCAGCGGUCCCCACACUCGGAACGCUGAUUUUUUAAACCCUUAAAUUGCUGGAGUUUCUGAGCAGUACGUGAUCUCCGUGUUGGGGAGUUUCCAGACCCCUUUAUAAUAAUUUUAUUGACAGUAUUAGCUUUUGGUUCCUUUCCUCCACAAUACCCCCACUACUGAUGUGUACAUCAACAAUAGAAAGCUAAGAGUCUCUACUUUCUAGAAAUAUCAUGCAGGUUUCACUAAGUGUCAGUAGUAUAAUGUACAAGGGCAAUACUUCAAUAAAACAUCAUUUUAUUACAGUAUCCUAAAUCAUGUAUGAAAUGCCAAUAGGCUACAAAGUUCCUGACAAGUCCUGAUAACAUCAGGAUUACAUACAUGAGAAAAGAUUGUAUCCAGGUAUGACUACAGGUGAGUUAAUGACUACAGACUAUCGUGAACUGACUACAUGUACUAGUAUUCAGCUGAAAGGUAAGCCUAAGGGUAAAUUUUGGUACAAGCACUUCGUGCAUGUAGCUUAGGAUACCCUGAACAAGGAGGUUUAAUCUCCAGUAAACCUUCUAAUGACUUGAAAAUAAUUAAACCUACCGGAUUUCAUACCAACAGGAUUUAGAUGAGAUAAUUCUGAAGGUUCAAAAAUCUUAAUUCACUAGUUAUUGAGUAUUGAAUUGAGAGCAUAAUACAGAUGCCCCAAGUCUGAAAAUUGCAGAUUGACUGAACUCAGUGCCGCCUAUGUCUUAUUUUCAUUCUUAACCUUAACUUACUGCCAUGAUGACCAAGAGGCUGGCACUCCAGGUGCAAUCAGCUGUCAAGAUGAAAUUUCAUCGCGCUGGCGUUGCGAAAAUCAAGUCGGCAAGACGGCAUCUAAAGACCGUGGAGUGAAUUACGCUUGGAAAUGAAAUGGCGCAUUCAAAAUGCAUUUGAUUCAGAACGUUCCAGAUCUGUAUGCCCCCCCCAUCCGUUCCAGAUCUGAUCUG